AUGAAUCAUUAUUGUUGUGUUCCCCAGUGUUCAUCCUGGGUAAAGAAAAACCCUGAAUUAAGCUUUCAUACGUUUCCAAAAGCAGGAAAAGAACGUGUUGUUGUAGAAACAAAGUUAGGAAAUAAGGAGCUUGUGGAUAGAAGACAGAUGUGGAUUCGAUUGUUGAAAAUUGGAAAAAACCCAUCUAUUCACAUGAGAGUAUGUUCUUUACAUUUUGAUGAAAGUGAUUUUCUUCAAAAAGAAAGAGUUAAACGUAGAACAUUGAAGCCUAAGACUGUUCCUUCAAAAAAUUUACCAAAAAUUUCACAUGAUGCUGCUGCUGGACCAUCUUCCAGAAUUCGUAGAACCAGGCAAAUGGAAGCACAUAUGCUUAAUGAGGCCAGUGCAACCAAUAAUGAGGCAACUAAUGUGUUUCCUUUAUGUGACGAUGAUGAUAAUGUUGAAGAUCCACAAGAAAGAAAAGCUGCAGAGGAUGUAUUAGCUCAGGUUGAUUCUCAAAACACAGUAGAAGUUGUACCUCCAGGACCUAGCAGCAGAGAUAGUGCAGUUCAAGUGAAUACACCAAAAGUUUUAACUCUUUAUGAACUCAUAACUAGUGAUGAAAAGUUGAGAAACUUUACUGGCAUAAAUAACUUUGCAAUUUUUGAUUCUAUACUUGAGAUAUUUGAAAAAUAUCAUAAGGACAAGCGUGUGCGUAGAUUAAGUAUUAGACAAAGGAUCAUGUUGCUAUUGACUAAAUUUAAAACCAGUUUGACAUACGUAACAUUGGGCUCACUAUUUGGAAUUACUCCAGAUUUGGCCAAAACCUAUAUCUAUGAAAUGAUGCCAGUCCUUUCAAAAAUUUUAAAACCAUUAAUUGUUUUUCCUUCAACAACUCAAAUUACUAAGAACAUGCCAAUUUGUUUCAAGGAAUUUCAGGAUGUUAGGGUGAUAUUAGAUUGUACAGAAAUUUUUGUGCAGUCGCCAAAGUGUUUAUGCUGCAGAAUCAGGUUUUAUUCACAAUAUAAAUCUAACAUAACUGUCAAAUUUAUGACAGGAGUUUCACCUGGUGGGCUUAUAACAUAUAUCAGUAAACCAUAUGGGGGAAGAGCUUCUGAUAAGGUAAUAUUUGAAGAAAGCAAUUUAAUAUCAUUAUUGAAUCCUAACAGAGAUGCAAUUAUGGUUGAUAAAGGGUUUGUUAUAGAUGACAUUUGUAAUUUAUACAAAGUAAAACUAAUUAGGCCACCUUUCUUGCGACAUAAAUCACAACUUUCUUCAGAAGAAUCAAUUUUGAAUGCCAAAAUAGCAUCUGCUAGGGUUCACAUCGAACUUGGUUCACAUCGAAUGAAAGUUAAUGAAAGUCCAAUUUAA